CCAAGGGGCGGGGACUCUGGAAAGCUAAAGGCCACUUCUCUGCAGACCUUGAAACAGACAGAACUGCACUCAGCCUCUUUCCUGCUUGCAGCUCCAGGGCACCGGGGGACCAUGGAUAUUGAAGCAUAUUUUGAAAGAAUUGGUUAUAAGAACUCUAGGAAGAAACUGAACUUGGAAACAUUAAAUGACAUUCUUCAGCACCAGAUUCGAACCAUUCCCUUUGAAAACCUUAGCAUGCAUUGUGGAGAAUCCAUGGAGCUAGACUUAAAGACCAUUUUUGAUCAAGUUGUGAGAAAGAACCGGGGUGGCUGGUGCCUCCAGGUCAAUCAUAUUCUAUACUGGGCUCUGACCACAAUGGGGUUUCAGACCACAAUGUUGGGCGGAUAUGUCUACAACCCCCCAGCCAAAAAAUACAGCAAUGGUAUGAUUCACCUCGUAGUACAGGUGACCAUCAGUGGCAGAAACUACAUUGUUGAUGCUGGCUUUGGAUGCUCCUACCAGAUGUGGGAGCCUCUAGAAUUAAUUUCUGGGAAGGAUCAACCUCAAGUGCCUGGCAUUUUCCGCUUGACAGAAGAAAAUGGAAUCUGGUAUUUGGACCAAAUCAGAAGAGAGCAGUUCAUUUCAAACCCAGAAUUUCUUAAUUCUCAUCUUCUAGAAAAGGAAAAGUAUCGGAAAAUCUAUUCCUUUACUCUGAAACCUCGAACAAUUGAAGAUUUUGAGUCAAUAAAUACUUACCUUCAGACAUCACCAACAUCUUUGUUUACAAGCAUAUCUCUCUGCUCCUUGCAGACACCUGAAGGAGUUCACUGCUUAGUGGGCUGGACCCUCACCUCUAGGAGAUUCAGUUAUAAGGACAACGUAGAUCGGGUGGAGUUUAAGACACUGAAGGAGGAAGAAAUAGAUGAAGUAUUAAAAACCAUAUUUGGUGUUUCAUUAGAAAGAAAACUCUUGCCCAAACAUGGUGAUCUAUUUUUUACUAUUUAGGGUAAGCAGCAGCAGUGGUCCUCCAUGUACUAUAUGUAAUUAAACCUUUGCAACAAAAGUUUGAAACAUGAAAAGUAUGAUUUGUGGAAAUAUAAGCCCUUGUGUAUUGGCUAUCAUGAUCACCAAUGAUCAAUGGA